AUGUGUAGCGCAGAACAAAAGCCGGUGUUCAGGGACCUGAAUGUGGAGGACGAGGACCCUGAAGUGACCGAGAUCGAAUCACUAUGCAUGAACUGCCACUCAAACGGUAUGACCCGUCUACUGCUGACCCGUAUCCCAUAUUACAAGAAUGUUGUGAUCAUGUCCUUCUCGUGUGAGGAAUGCGGCUACCAGAACAAUGAGAUACAGCCUGGAGGGGCCUAUGCGGAACUUGGAGUCAGAUGGACACUCAAGGUGGAAUCUCCGACAGACCUGAACCGCCAGGUGGUGAAGAGUGACUACACUAGCGUUAAGAUACCAGAACUGGACUUUGAAAUACCUGCUCAGAGUCAGAAAGGGGAAGUGACAACAGUGGAGGGCAUACUGAGCCGCGCCAUCGCCGGCCUCGUCCAGGACCAGACGCAGCGGCGCAUCGACCACCCCGAGGCGGCCGCGCAGAUCGACGCCUUCGUGGACAGGUUAGAAGCGCUGAAGCCGGCCGACAAACCCUGGACCUUGCAGCUGGAAGACAUCAGCGGUAAUUGCUUCAUGGAAAACCCCGAGGCCCCUCGCCGUGAUCCUCGCUGCUCGCGGGAGGACUUCAGGCGCACCAAGGAGCAAGACCAUUCGCUCGGUAUAUUCGAGCAGGAUCAGGACAUAGACACCCCCACGGCGGGCCCCCCUUCCUCGCUGCUGUCCCCCUCGGACCCUAGGGAUUUCACGUACGACCAGAUGUCCGCGGACGAGGUGAUGUGCUUCAGGACCAACUGCCCCGACUGCAACGCGCCCGCCAACACCAACAUGAAGCUCACCAAUAUACCGUACUUCAAGGAGGUGGUGAUAAUGGCGACUCUGUGCGACGCCUGCGGACAUCGCACCAACGAGGUGAAGUCGGGGGGCGGCAUAGAGGAGCAGGGCGUGCGCUUCGAGGUCCGCGUCGCCAACAAACUGGACUUCUCCCGCGACGUGCUCAAGUCAGAGACCUGCAGCAUGGAGAUCCCAGAACUGGAUUUAGAAGUAGGAGGUCGAGCUUUAGGAGGGCGCUUCACGACUGCGGAGGGGCUCGUGCGGGCCACGUUGGACCAGCUGGCGGACUCGCCCGGGGCCAUAGGGGACGCGCCUGGACUCAACACGGAGGGUCUAAAGAGUUUCAUAGAGAACCUAAAGAAGGUUUUGGAGGGCGAGAUGGCCAUCACCAUCAUACUGGACGACCCCGCGGGCAACUCGUACGUGCAGAGCCUGGCCGACGACCCCACCGUGCCCGACGACGGUUUGAAGAUAACGCGCUACACGCGCACCUUCGAACAGAACGAGGAGCUCGGCAUCAACGACAUGAACACGGAGGGGUUUUAA